AUGACUGCCCCAGGAGCCGGCCAUGAAUUUCCUUCCCAAGAAGUUUCUUGGCAGAAGCGAGAUGUCUUACUCUUUGCCAACAGUAUUGGUGUAAAGGCCGACGAAUUGCAUUUCCUCUACGAAUUGCAUCCAAGCUUCUCUGUUUUUCCCACUUACCCGCUCAUUCUCCCAUUCAAGCUCACCGAUCAGGAGGUCGUUGACUUCUAUGCCCGCCAAAAGGCUGUCAAGAUUCCAGGCGUCCCUGAUUUGGAUCACCGCCACGGUGUUGACGGUCAGCGAAAGAUCACAGUACUGAAGCCUCUACCUCCGACAAGCGCCGGAAAGAAGUUUGAGCUGCGAAAUAAAGUUAUUGGGGUCUAUGACAAGGGCAAGCCGGGCACGGUCGUUGAGACCGAGCAAUCCAUUGUUGAUGCAAAGACCGGCGAGGUGUAUUCCAAGGUCUUGAGUAGCGGCUUCCUAGUUGGCCAGGGUGGAUGGGGUGGUCCCAAAGGUCCCGCUACGGUCAACUUCCCUCCCCCUGCAGAGAAGAAGCCCGAUGCUACUCACGUUGUUCAGACAAAUAUGGAAACAGCUCAUCUGUAUCGCCUGAAUGGAGACUACAAUCCGCUUCAUGCUACGCCUGAGCCAGGUCAGAAGAUGGGCUUCGGCGGUACCAUCAUCCACGGUCUCUUCAGCUGGAAUACUACCGCGCACGGCGUUCUUCGCGAGCUCGGUGGGAGCAACCCUGACAACCUCAAGGAAUUCCAGGCGCGUUUCGCUUCGCCUGUUCGCCCGGGCGACCAGCUCACUACGGAAAUCUGGCGAAUGGGUGACAAGCAGUCGGAUGGCUUCGAGGAGGUUCGCUUUGUGACCAAGAAUCAGUCCGGAAAAGUUGUUCUUAGCAACGGCCGUGCACUGGUCAAAGUUGUCGGAGAAAAAAGCAAGCUUUAG